AUGUCUACGAAACCCCACGAUCGCAACGACCAGCCUCAAGGCGCCAAAUUACGUUCAGAAAAUACCUGGAUUACGACUGCGGCGCAAAAGAAACAUAGAGGCCGGAACUUUCAACCUGGAGAUCAUGGCUACGACGGCACCCCCGAAGCCGAGGUGAGUAACUCGGCAGAGAAGCAUCGCCAGCCUUGUCUUCGCAUAUCUAACCCCCACACCCGAAAUAGGCAUGACUGGGCCGACGACGACGUCGAGGAGACCACCGACCUUCCUCCUCCCCAGACCAUCUCCAACAAGGACGGAACAAAGACCAUCAUCACAUUCCGAUACAACGAUCAAGGCCAGAAAGUAAAGACAACCCGCAGAAUUCGCUAUGUCACCCUCAAGGAGACUGUCAACCCCCGGGUUGCCAAUAGAACGACUUGGUCCAAGUUUGGCCUCAGCCAAAAGGACGGCGCCGGCCCUGCCCCCGAUACCACAUCAGUCGGUGAGAAUAUCAUCUUCCGACCUAGCGUCAACUGGCGCAAGGAUGCCAAGGACGAGAGCCAGGACCCCGACACGCAGUCUAUGAAGGACAAGCUCAAGGACAAGAAGGUCAAGUGCCGUAUUUGCAAUGGCGAACAUUUCACAGCCAGAUGCCCGUACAAGGACACCAUGGCACCCAUUGGGGAGAAUGGCGCCGCAGACGUCGCCGCCGGCAUGGGCGACGAGCCCGCACCAUCUGGUGCCGGCGGUGCUGCCAAGAAGGGCUCCUACGUUCCUCCUGCUCUGCGUGGCGAUCGUGCCGGAGCCGCUGGCGAGCGCAUGGGAGGAUCCAAGUACGGCGAGAGAGACGACUUUGCCACCCUUCGCGUCACCAACGUUUCCGAGAUGGCAGAGGAGUCGGAGUUACGGGAUAUGUUUGAGCGAUUUGGAAGAGUCACCAGGGUGUUCCUCGCUAAGGACAGGGAAACUGGCAUGGCUAAAGGAUUCGCUUUUAUCAGCUUCGCAGACCGUGGAGAUGCCGUCAAGGCAUGCAGCAAGAUGGAUGGAUUUGGUUUCAAGCAUCUUAUUCUCAGAGUCGAGUUUGCCAAGAAGGCUCAGUAG